AUGAACAAUACGAUUGCCUGGAUAGUUUUCCUCAUCAUUCGGCAUGUAUCUUCUUCAUCAGUUUCUUUCAAUCAACUAAAGUUCUGUCCAAAUGCGACAUGGAACCUAAACGCUACAACGUUUGCCAAUAAUAUUACCGUAGGUUCAAAGCCAUACGCAAUUUUUAUUGAUAAUAAUAAUACAAUUUAUGUUGCUAAUCAACAAUACAACCGAAUUGUCGUAUGGCCAGACGGUAAUUCCACACCAACGACACUUCCCCUUGCGAAUUUAUCCACACCAAUGAGCCUUUUUGUUACUUAUUCUCGUGAUAUAUAUGUUGACAGUGAUAAUCUUACCGGUCGAAUAGAUAAAUGGACAAUAAAUUCAACAGUUGGCAUUCCAGUAAUGUACACAUGUAAUAAAUGCUAUGGUAUUUUUAUGGAUGAUGAUAAUAUCAUGUAUUGCUCGAUGAGUACGGCUCAUCGUAUAGUAGCUAUGUCGUCCAAUAGUAGUAGUUUAACAACUGUAGCUGGAACAGGUGCAUCUGGCAGUACGGUUUUUACUUUGAACGGUCCCAGUGGAAUAUUUGUCGAUACGAGCUAUAAUUUAUAUAUCGCAGAUACAAAUAAUCAUCGUAUCCAGCUUUUUCGAUCAGGAGAGCUGAAUGGAACUACGCUCGUUGGAAAUAAGUCAUUGAUGGCAACAAUUCCAUUGAAAAAUCCAACUGGAGUUACAUUGGAUGCAAACGGAUAUCUUUUCAUUGCAGAUAAAGGUAAUAAUCGCAUCGUUGGAUCAGGGCCCAACGGUUAUCGAUGUAUAGCUGGAUGCAAUAGUUCUGGCCCAUCGCCGUCUCGCUUAUCUUCUCCAUAUUCCAUCGGGUUUGAUAGUUUCGGAAACCUAUUUGUUGUUGACUAUGGUAAUAGUCGAAUUCAGAAAUUCAAUCUGAUCAAUAGUUCGUGUAAUUACACAGAAAUAACAUCAACAACAACAAUAGCAACAAAAACAACUUCAGUGCAAUCAAAUUCAAUAAACUAUAUUCCUUCGAAUGUUGUUUCCUAUAAUCGACUAAAAUUCUGCUCAUCAGCAAGCUGGAAUCCAAAUGGAAUCACUUUUUCAACAAACGAAACGACUGGUGCUGGCGACGGCGUUUCGAAAUGGAUAGCACGCCCGGAUAUAUUUCCUGAUGGCCUUGUUAAUCUACAUCGUCGAUUAGAAAAUAUUCCAUUAGCGGCACAUAAUCGUUAUUGGUCGUAUGAUACGGCUUAUAAAUACAAUUAUUCGUUUGCUCUGGAUGAAAACAAUCAGAAGGCAUUACCGAUUGGAAAUGAUUCAUUCUGGGCGGAUUUAUUAACUCAAGCUCAUGAUUGGGGACUUGUUCUCUAUGAACAAGAUUGGCUUGAUCGUCAAACAAUGCAGUUUUCCCCUUUACUUACUGAUAUCCAUCUUGGCCAGCAAUGGCUGUCAUCGAUGGGCAGAGCAGCCGAUCAAACAAAUAUCAAUAUACAAUACUGUAUGAGUUUACCACGUCAUAUACUUAGUGCUCUACCAAUUUCACGUGUUACUCAAGCACGCGCGUCAACAGACUAUGCAUUUCAUCUUGAAGGUAAAGCACAACAAUGGGCGAUAGGAAUAUCCAGCAUGUUCCUGGAUGCCAUUGGUGUAGCACCCUUUAAAGAUGUGUUUUGGUCAACGUCUGUUCAACCAGAUGCUCCUUACAAAUCAAAUCCAAAGGAGGUUCUGCCUGAACGAGAAGCACUUAUCGCGACUCUAUCUACAGGACCUGUUACUCCAGGCGAUGCAAUCAAUUAUACAAACAAAGACGUUAUCAUGAGAUGUUGCCGACCAGACGGUUUGAUUUUCAAACCAGAUCGACCAUUAACAAUGAUUAAUAGAUUAAUAUCCGAUUGGGCUCUUUAUAAUGGUACUUCUCAAGGCGAACUUUAUUCGACUGAAACACAUCUGAUAUACCAAAAACCAGUCACAUUUUAUACCCUAUUUGCUUCAGCGAUGAAAAGAGAUUAUCAAAUUUUUCCUUCGAUGAUUGGAGCUCAAGCUGGAGUUAUUUGGUCAUAUGAUAAUCCGACUGAGGUGUUGACUUUUGAUAAUGAGCAUCCUUUGAACGUAUUAGCGAGCAAAUGUCAUGAUUUAUCGAUAUGCCGCUGGGGUAUAUCACCUCUUGUUCAGUUUGCUGAUAAAACACAAUAUGCUUUUCUUGGCGAAUGGAACAAAUGGACACCUGUUAGUUCUCAACGAGUUGGCUAUAUAACUAAUACGAUCGGAAUUAACUUAGCAGAAAUAGGUCUCCAAGGUUUACUCAACGAAAGGUCUCCAUUUCUCGUCUACCAUUCCACUUUGGGAGUGGUGAAUGUUACUUGUCCAUUUGGACCGGAUGCAGGCGAAGCUCAAAUCGUUAUUGAUUCAACAAGAGUUAUCUGCGUCUUUUAA